UAAAGAAGUUGUUGUGAUUCUUUGGUAAUCGGCAACUUACAGUCGUACACCGUUCUCUCGCGAAUCACCGAUAAUGUUUUUGUUUUGUUCGGGUUGGUGGCUGUAUAUAACGGUCACCUGUUCAAUUAUUUGUAUAGUCAUAUAUAACUUUUGUACAUCGACUUUUAGUAAAUGGGAAAAACUCAACGUGCCAUAUGUCCGACCCAUUCCGUUAUUUGGUAAUUAUUUUAAAGUUGCCUUGGGAUUCGAACACCAGCUAGAUUUGUACAAGAGAAUAUACAACGAAUUCACGGGCCAUAAAUAUGCUGGAUUAUUCCAGAUGAGGACACCGUAUUUAAUGAUUAGAGAUCCAGAAAUAAUCAACAGGAUAAUCAUAAGAGACUUCUCGUAUUUUCCGAACCAUGGCGUUUACACGGACCUUUCGGUAAAUCCUUUAUCCAGCAGUUUAUUUAACACGGAGACUCCCCAAUGGAAUGCGGCAAGGCACAAACUGAGUCCUGCGUUCACUUCGGGCAAACUAAAGUUGAUGUACGAACAAAUCAAAGAGUGUGGUGACGAAUUGAUGAAAAAUAUUAGUAAGAGUGUAUUGGAACACACCAAUAAUGAAAUGGAGGUGGUAGACGUCUUGGGGAAAUUUUCAACGGACGUCAUAGGUACAUGCGCAUUUGGCCUCCAGUUGAACGCUAUAAAUGACGACAAUUCCGAAUUUCGUAAAUAUGGAAAGUCAUUAUUCACACCAUCACUGAGAGUACUUUUGAGGGAAUUAAGUUUGAUGAUCAGUCCGGCACUUUUGAAAGUGAUAAAAAUUAAAGAGUUCCCGGCGGAGGCCUGUGAGUUUUUUCACUCGGUGUUUCACGAGACGAUAACUUAUCGAGAAAAAAACAAUAUAGUUAGAAACGAUUUCGUUCAAGCUCUUAUGCAAACAAGACGUGAUUUGGUUCUCAACGAGAAUGUCCAUCCAAACGGUAAAAAAUAUUUUUAAUUCUAAGUGAGGCGAUAAAUAUACCAAAAUAUGACAAGCAGCUCUUUUACUUUAAACAGAUCUUUUUUUGAAAUUCUCAUUAAUAUUCGACAAAAUAAAGAAAAACUGAUUAUUGAGGUUAAACAAUUUUAAAGGAUUAAAAAUGAGGUUGUUUAAGUGACAGGUUUUAAUUUUUUCUAGUAAAUAUUAACUUUUUAAUAUUUUAAUCUAUUAUUUCUUUUUAAACAAUCGUUGUUGUGAAACCACAGAUUGUUGUUACUUUUGACCGAGUUCUUUGACCGAGUGGUUUAUCCAUGGUGUGAAAUAUGUUUUUCUUUUAAAAAAAAUAUACACUUUGAAAUUUUUAAUGCGGUUAAAAAAAAAAAUUUAAAAGAACCUCCAAAAAUACCAUAUACAAUGCACCACUUAGACAAAAUCGGCUAGCUGAAAUCACCUAUGAAAUUAAUAAUCAGGGAAAUUUCUGAAAAAAAAGUUUUAAAAGAUAAAAAAAUAAUGAUAAUAGAUUAUUUAUCGCUAUUCGAUAUUCUCAGAAUUUAAAAUUUUUACAAUAUACAUGUUGUGUUCUGUUAUUUUUUAGACAAACUUACGGAAACACACAUUUUGGCGAAUGCUUUUGGUAUUUUCUUUGCCGGAUCGGACACAGUAUCUACAGUUUUGAGUUUUUGUUUAUAUGAGCUAGCGCUAGCGAAGAAUAUCCAAGAUAAGUGUCGUGAAGAGAUUAAAUCGCAAAUAUCGAAACAUAACGGAGUAAUUGACUAUACAUUUUUGACAGAUCUAAAUUAUUUAGAUAUGGUUUUAAAAGGUAAUUAUUAAUAAAUCAUUCUUUAUUAUUUUAUGUAUUUGAAAAAAUUGAUUUUUUUACUAUGUAUAUACGUAUUUGUACUAUGAAUUAUGAUCAUUAAAAUAUAAUACAAAUUACUUAAUAAUAUAAUUUGAAAUAUCUAUACUGAAAUAACUAUACAAUUUUAAAAUUACCAUGUUUAGAAACACUCCGUAAAUACCCUCCGGAUUACACGUUAUCUAGGCAAGCUGCUCAGACCUAUCAUGUACCUUACGAUUCAUUAGUUAUUGAAAAAGGUCAGAACAUAAUAAUACCCCUUCAUUCAUUGCAUUACGAUCCUCAGUAUUAUCCGAAUCCUGAAGUAUUUGAUCCGGAAAGAUUUUCUCCGGAAGAAAAGUCAAAACUAGUGAAAGGUACUUACUUACCUUUUGGUGAUGGACCCCGGAUUUGUAUUGGUAAAUGUCGAGAAAUAAUUACAUUCACGAGAUGAGUAUGGUCUUGAGCUAAUAAAAUAUGUUUAAAUUUUUAUAGGAAUACGUUUUGCUGAAAUGGAAAUGAAAUUGGCCUUAUUUGAAAUUUUAUCUAAAUUUGAAUUGGAGCCGUGCGGAAAGACUGACAUUCCAUUAAAAUUUAAUAAAAAGGCUAUAAUGGUGAUGCCGGAAAAUGGAAUCUGGUUAAAAUUUAAAGAAAUUUUUAGUUAAUUAAAUUAUUUGUUACAUAUAAUUAUUAAUGUUUUUGCUUUAAUCAAUUUUAUUUCUAUAUUUGUAUAAAGUUAUAAUUUCUUAUGUCGUAUUGAAAUGCGACUAAUAUGUAUCACUUUAAUACAUCUAAAAAAAAAAAAAAAUAAUAAAACCUUUCGUGGGAGGUUACAUUAUCCCCCUUCCUCCCCGGCUUCGUUGUUGAUGAAAUAUGACAUAGGUAUAAUGUAAUAUUUGAACUUAAGUAUAUCUGUGUUUAUCGUAUGUAUUAUGUAUAAAUUAUUUAUUAUUAGAUAAUAUAUACAGAAUGAUUCAUUGGCAUGCUCACCUCAGGGUUAAAUUUUAAGUGUUGAAAAUUUUGAUUUCUGUUAACUCGUUCACGAGAUAUUUCACUUUUGAGUUAUGGCCGGGGAGAGUAUUUGAGCGCUAUUCAAAAACGAUUUGCUGAAGUUCAAAAAUUCCAACACCAAAAUUUAUUUCAUUGAAUAAUUUAUUUAUUUAUGACGUUUUUAAAAUAGGUUCUCAUUUGAAAAACAUUUAGUAACGUCAACAAGAUCCUCCUUAAAUGUUUUGAAAAGUCUAGUUACCUAUACGAUAAUAUUAUUUGUAGCUUCACUAAAAUUUAAACAAUUAUUUUUCCAUUGAUCAUGCAAUUAUUUAUCUUAAAUUGCCAAACUUUCAUUGUCAGAAAAAAUAAUUUUUUAUUUACUAAAAUAAUCUAAUCUAACCUUUGUUUUUCCAAAUUUCUAAAGCUAUUUUAGGACAUUGGGGACUAUUGUAGUUAGUGCUAUAGGUAAUCUAAUGUAUUUCUGUUAGCAACCAUUGCUUAUAAUAAAAAAUGUUUCCGAGCAGAAUUUGAUCGAUUAGUGACUUAUCAACAAUAUAUAUGUCAUAUAUGUUAAAAUAAUUAAAUAUGCAUAAUGUAGUUUCUUUAUUAUUGUACCUUUUUUUUCUGUUUUUUACACUUAUUAGAAAACUCCGGGAAAUACAAAAAAUGGCCUCAUUAAAUUACCUUCCUAGUCAUAUUUACAUCAUAUUUUUUAAUGAUUUCAUUUUGAAAGAAAAAAUGAGGUGUCAGUUCUAAGUGAAAAGAAUUCAAUCAUUCGUUUAGAAAUUAGAAUAUAAAUGAAAAAAACCUCAAAAUUAAAUGUAGAUAACGUUUAUUUUAAAAAUCGUUUUGUUGUUGUAGCUGCGCACCGAGUUGUGUUGUAUUUCUCAAUCCCCUACUUGUUAACCAUACGUAUUUUAUACAGGCAUUCUGUGCUGAUACAGUGUUGAGCACCGAUUGGUGUGUACCGAUUGCAUAACUAUUUUUACUUUGGGAACAAUAUUUUUGAAUAUUUUAUUUUUAAUAGCAUCCAGAUAUUUCUAAUGAACAAUUUAUAUUGAUUAGGUUUCAAAAAAAAAAAAAAUAAAUAUUAAUGUGAUAAAAUGGUACGUGGUGUAUGCACCUGCCCAUUUAUAACGCACGAGCCACCACUGAUAUUAACAGAAAAUGUUAUUGCUUAUUAGCUCAAGUUAACUCUUUCUCUGAGCUUGGACGUAUAUUAAAUAUUGAUCUAAUUUAGGCGGGGCUCAUUCUAAGGAUUUUUAUCUAUUGCCCAAAAUACAACGAAAAGUUUUUUUUUAUGAAAUUCACGUGGAAUUUAAUACUAUUCUAUCCCCCUCAAAAAAAAAAAAAAAAAAAAAACAAAUCUUACGAAGAAAAUGAAAUUGAAAAAUAAAUACAGCAAAGAAAUAAUGAAUUAACUCCAGAAAAAUGGGACGUACGAAUUGUGUGGUGUCUAACCAGCUCUAGGUACGAAGUAAGUUUAUAAAUUACGCAAUAUCAAGUAUAGAAAUUUAAUCAUUCAAUGAUAAGGAAAAUUAUAUUUUAUUCAAGUACCCACAUUUAUGAUGCCAGUUGCACUUUUGAUAUUUCUUACUGCGCAAUUUAAAUCCUACUGCCCGUUAUAAUAAGGCCUGAAUACGGAAAUACUUCUGCAAAUGGCACACGACUCUAAAGUUUAAACUCUCAAAAGACAAUAACAACGGUAUUUCACUAUUAAAAAUAAUUGGCUAUGAAAUAAACAAUUGUAAAUAUUGUAUACAGAAAUGUGAUGGUAAAAAUUUCAACAGCACGUUUUCGCGCCCAUAUGAAAACGAUAACAUCGCUGCUAGAGUUGAUAGGCACUUUAGACAACCCUCAGAGGGGCGAUUGUGUAACUCUUAUAAUCAUUUUUAUAAUCGACUGUUGGACUAAAUCUAGUGUUUUAGUCAUCGUUAUAGUAACUUACUCGAAUUUGUGAUUCUAUAACGAAUAUAAGUUUUUAGUCAUACUAAAAUAAAGUCCAUUACGUUACUAAAAUAAUGAUAUGGUUAUGGCAUAAAAAUUAGCCAUCUAAAAAACUCUGAACGGACUAUAAUUUGAAGAAUAUGAUAAUAACUUUGUUCUAUCUAUAUCAAAAUAAAUAUAUUUUUUGUUUGUUAUAAUAAAUAAAUAAAAUCAUGGCAUUUUUUAUUAAUAUAUUAAUACAGUUUAAGACAGGUUUCGUACAUCAAACCAGUGAGUUUAUCUAGUUUUACUAUAAGACUUUCUAAAAGUUUCGUGGCGAUUGGAGGAACGGUGUAGUCAUUUUAAUCUAUGCAUUUUAUUUAUUUAUUAUACAAAUUCAGGGCGUACCUAACUAUUAUUGUAUAGACUCUAUACAAUGAUAGUUAUGUCUAUACUAUAGACCAGGGGUGUCCAACCUUUUGUGAAUACUGGGCCACAUCAUGUAGGUAAAUGUUGUUGUGGGCCACAUACUUUUUUAAAUAAUAAUACAUUCUAAUUUAAUGAUUAAAUUAUAAUCUAUACUACAACAAUACAUUUUUUUUUAUAAUUUUACAUUAGCGAAUAAUAAGCAGAAAUAUUUUUACAAGUAUUGAUAUUUAAUAAUUUAAUUAUAAGUACACAGAAAAAUAUAUUUAUUUAUAAUAAAAAAAGUUUUUGUAACGGUUAGGGACUCAGAAGUAGCUUUUUUAAUAUUGAGUUGCUGAGAAGAAAGACAUGUUUUUAACACUAAAAUUUUUUGUUUCCGAAAAAAACCUUGAUAGGAAUCCAUUUUGGUUGCAUGUUUUUGUAAAUAAUGCCUUUUUAAAUUAUAAUCUUUAAAAACUGAAAUGGUUUCCUUACAAAUUAGGCAUAAUGCCCCAUUUUUCAUUUCUAUAAAAAAGUAUUCCGCUGUCCACUUUUCGUUGAAUAUCCUUCCUUCGUCCGUUACUUUUCUUUUCUUAUUGGACGACAUUUCGCUAUUUGAUUAUUAGUUUAUUAUACAAAUCAAAUUAUUAGGUAUUUUAUUUUUAUUUUUUGAUAAAUGACACAGAAUAUUGGUAUCGGAGCCAAUAAAGAUAAAACACUAAUAAUGUUUAUCUUUAGGUCCGAUGCACACGUCCGUAUGUAAUAUAAGAUAAGAUGCCGCAACGGUAAAAACACGGACGUUAUUUGAUGGUUUAUAUUUUUAAAAUAAAUUUGUUCUCGUAAUAUUAAUAUAUUAUAUAUAAUUAAUUCAUGGUUUUUAAAUUGAAGUGAGGGCCGCGGGUUGGACACCCCUGCUAUAGACAAUACAGUUAAAACAGGAAAUAUGUAUAAACGUAUAGUUUUAAGCUUUAUUUUUUCUUUAGGGGUGUAUAUACUUACUUAAGUAUUAUUGAGUUCUAUAAUAUCGAGUCAAUAAAACUAUAAUUUUGGCUUUCAUGGUCAAACCAACCUUAUAACUAUAGUAAACGGUUGAGCGGGAACAUUAUUUUGCCUGCGAUACAUUGGACUUAAAUGCCAAUUUCGGAUUAUCGUUAAUAUAAUUUAAUUCGGUAAGGUCUCAUCAAGAUAAGACAAAUCCUCAUAAGCCCGUAUGAGGCUAAAAAUGAACAGUAUUUUAACUGCAGAUAAUAAGCGGUCGUAGCCAUUUCAUAUGGAAUAUAGGUUGUUAUUUUACCAAUAAUAAAAUCAAAUAAGUACAUAAAUCUUGAUUUUUGUAUUUUAUUUUUUACAAAAUAAAACUAAACAUUUUUAAUAUAUUAUGAUAUACUACGACUAAACAAUGUAAAAGUAAAAGUAUAAUAAUUAUAUUUGAAUAUUGUGUUGCACCAAGGGACAAAGCGAAAAUAGUUGUAAAUCCGUAUUAAAUAAAAUGUAUAUUAAAUAAUAGCGAAAAUUACAUACUUAUACGUUGUAUAUUUUUUUUACAUUUUAUGUAAUUUUAUGUUUACUAUCACGGUUGCAGAUAANUUAAAAUUUUUACAAUAUACAUGUUGUGUUCUGUUAUUUUUUAGACAAACUUACGGAAACACACAUUUUGGCGAAUGCUUUUGGUAUUUUCUUUGCCGGAUCGGACACAGUAUCUACAGUUUUGAGUUUUUGUUUAUAUGAGCUAGCGCUAGCGAAGAAUAUCCAAGAUAAGUGUCGUGAAGAGAUUAAAUCGCAAAUAUCGAAACAUAACGGAGUAAUUGACUAUACAUUUUUGACAGAUCUAAAUUAUUUAGAUAUGGUUUUAAAAGGUAAUUAUUAAUAAAUCAUUCUUUAUUAUUUUAUGUAUUUGAAAAAAUUGAUUUUAUUACUAUGUAUAUACGUAUUUGUACUAUGAAUUAUGAUCAUUAAAAUAUAACACAAAUUGCUUAAAAACAUAAUUUGAAUUAUCGAUACUGAAAUAAAUAUACAAUUUUAAAAUUACCAUGUUUAGAAACACUCCGUAAGUACCCUCCGGGUUACACGUUAUCUAGGCAAGCUGCUCAGACCUAUCAUGUACCUUACGAUUCAUUAGUUAUUGAAAAAGGUCAGAACAUAAUAAUACCCCUUCAUUCAUUGCAUUACGAUCCUCAGUAUUAUCCGAAUCCUGAAGUAUUUGAUCCGGAAAGAUUUUCUCCGGAAGAAAAGUCAAAACUAGUGAAAGGUACUUACUUACCUUUUGGUGAUGGACCCCGGAUUUGUAUUGGUAAAUGUCGAGAAAUAAUUACAUUCACGAGAUGAGUAUGGUCUUGAGCUAAUAAAAUAUGUUUAAAUUUUUAUAGGAAUACGUUUUGCUGAAAUGGAAAUGAAAUUGGCCUUAUUUGAAAUUUUAUCUAAAUUUGAAUUGGAGCCGUGCGGAAAGACUGACAUUCCAUUAAAAUUUAAUAAAAAGGCUAUAAUGGUGAUGCCGGAAAAUGGAAUCUGGUUAAAAUUUAAAGAAAUUUUUAGUUAAUUAAAUUAUUUGUUACAUAUAAUUGUUAAUGUUUUUGCUUUAAUCAAUUUUAUUUCUAUAUUUGUAUAAAGUUAUAAUUUUUUAUUUCAUAUUGAAAUGCGACCAAAAUGUAUCACUUUAAUACAUCUAAAAAAAAAAAAAAUAAUAAUAAAACCUUUCGUGGGAGGUUACAUUAUUCCCCCUCCUCCCCGGCUUCGUUGUUGAUGAAAUAUGACAUAGGUAUAAUGUAAUAUUUGAACUUAAGUAUAUCUGUGUUUAUCGUAUGCAUUAUGUAUAAAUUAUUUAUUAUUGGAUAAUAUAUACAGUAUGAUUCAUUAAGCAUGCUCACCUCAGGGGUAAAUUUUAUGUGUUGACAAUUUUGAUUUCUGUUAAUUUGUUCACGAGAUAUUUCACUUUUGAGUUAUGGCCGGGGGAGAGUAUUUGAGCGCUAUUCAAAAACGAUUUGCUGAAGUUCAAAAAUUCCAACACCAAAUUUUAUUUCAUUGAAUAAUUAAUUAAUUUAUCCCGUUUUGAAAAUAGGUUGUCAUUUGAAAAAUAUUUUUUAACGCCAACAAGUUCCUCCGUAAAUGUUUUGAAAAUACUAAUUUAAAGUCUUUAAUAGUAACUAAAAAAAAAAGUAAUUUCUUUUUCUUAUUGAUAUUAAUCAGUGGCAGCUCUUAGUGUUAAAAAUAGUCGGUGCACAACCUAAUAUCUUUGUUCUAUCUAUAUCAAAAAUUAAAUUAAUUUUUUGUUUGUUAUAAUAAAUAAAUAAUAUCAUGUCAUUUUUUUAUUAAUAUAUUAAUACAGUUUAAGACAGGUUUGGGACACCAAUUAGUGAGUUUAUCUAGUCUUAUUAUAAGACUUUCUAAAAAGAAACAAGUGUUUAAUUUUAAUUAUAUGUAAAUCGAAUAUAAUGUAUAUGCUAUAUCGUAUGUCUAUAUUCUGCAGAAAUAUAAGUUGACUUGUAUCUAUUAUGCAAAUAAUAAUAUACAAAAGUAAUAAGGAAUUAUAAUUAUCUAUUCAGCAGUUGUCAAUGCUGUUAUUCUUUUACAAUAAUAUCGCGUUAUUUACCAGUGACUUUUAAUCGGUGACUAUAAUGUUUAGUCGCAAGAAUAUAGUUUUUUUCAGUUUUUAGUACUUCAUAGUUAUACGUUUAAUGCAUUUUAUAGCUGCAGUUCACGUACUUUUUUUUUUAUUGAGGUUUUUAAAUUAUUUUUGCUCAAUAUAGAUGAAACAAUAAAUCUUAUGAAGCAAAAAUUUGACGAAUCAAUUGAAAAACGUGAGUGUAAAAAUAAUAGUGUUAUCCAGUGAAAGACAUUUGAAUUUGGAAUCUGUCGUCAAAAAAAUGAAAGUAAAAAAAAAACACAAACCCGUGAUUAUUGGCUUCCGAAAAAUUACGAUUUUAUAAACAAUAAAUUGCGUUGAAACAUUCAUUUACCCAUUUAAUGAAAACAAUUCUAAUAUCAAAAUACCUUUAUUAAUUUUGAUAAAUAAUGUAGAGAAUAUAAUUAAAAUUAUAAUGUAAUGUAAAAAAAAAAGUCUGUAAACAAAAAUGUAUAAAUGUUAACUAUAAUAUGGAUCCAAAUCAAUCGUGUACUAAUUUUAAUAAAUAAUGUAGGUAACUAUCAUAAUUAUUAUUCGUUUGCCCACUUUAACUAGUUAUUAGUUUAAACACUUGAACUUCAUAAUCCGUAAUUGUAUAACAUAACUAGUUAUUCUAUGCAUUUCCUAGAUAAAGUAUUUAUAUAAUUUGAAUGUAAACAUUUUAACUAGAAC